AUGACUUUUAUGGAAGAUAUUGCUUUGUGUAUAAUUGAGGAUUCUAUAAACGAAGAAAAUAUUAACAAAAUUGUAAAAUUAAUUAGUAAUGGUACUAAUUGUAUGUUUGAUUUAAUAGAAUCUUUAAGUGGACAACUAGCAUCUACAUUAGCAGAAGAAAGAAAAAAAGGAAUUAAUAUACUUAGAUUAGUAUUUAAGGGACUCAUACUUAAAGAUACUUUAUCUAAUGACUGUAUCAAAUUAUUAAGUUGUUUUGUAGUUAAUUAUUUAUUAGAUUGGGCUUGUAUUGAUGAUGUUUUAGAUAUAUUAACUUGUAUUAUUAAGACAAAAAGUGAAGUAUUAAGAUGUACUUAUUUAAAUAUUCUAGAAGAUGAUAAAUUGUUUGAAGAAUAUAGUUUUAACCCAAUAGUAUCAAUAAAUACAGGUAUAAAAGGUAAAGUAAUGAAUGAUGGCAAUAGUAUUAAACUUUGUACAAAAAUUUGUACAUUUCAUAAAUUUUCAAAUCAAUAUGGAAUUGAUAAUGUAGAUAAACAAGAAGAUUUAUAUAAAAUGACACUCUUAUUUUAUAUAUUUACUCAGAUAAUUUAUAUUGUACCUACCAGACAAUUAGUGUAUACUUCUAGAAUAUCUGUUUUAAAUAUUUUAAUAAUAUUUUUUGAAAAUGAGGAAUAUAUUACUAAUAUUAGACGUAUGGGGCCUGCAGCAAUUCCUGCAAUAAUACAACAUAUACAAGGUGAAAAAGAUCCACGUGUACUAAUUUUAUCAUUUCGUCUUAUUAAGAAUUUAUUAUUAAAAUUUGAGGAUAUAAUAAAGAUAUAUGAUAAUAUAGAAGUUGAUAAAGAUAAAUCUGCAUUAUUAGAUACUUGUUCUAAACAUGAUUAUUAUAAAGGUUUAAUUCCAGAAAUAGUAUUUGAUAAUAAGAAUUUAGAAGAUUGUGAAUAUUUGGAAAUGAAUGAAAUAGAAAAUAAUUCAUCUAAUAUUUUAUCUACUUUAAUUUCUGAUGUAUUAUUAAGUUAUUUUCCUCUUAACUUUCAUCCUCCAGCUAAUGAUAUUCAUAAGAUAUCUCCAAAAACUUUAAAAAAAUUAUUAUUUGAAGCUAUUACAUCUACUAAUUUAUUACAAGAUGCAAUUAUUAAAACAAUUAUAGAAUUAAUGGAUACACAAAAUUUAGUUGAAGAUAAUAUUUAUAUUAAUAAAUUUGAUGUAAAUUUUAUAUAUGAAGAAUUUUGUUUUGACAAUUAUGAAUUAGAAAAUAAAAAAGAUUCUAAAUUAUCACCAGUAAUUUUGGGUAUAGAAGAUGAAGAAAUUUUACAAGAUAUAAAAGAUAUUUUAACUUUAUAUGGAAUAAAUCUAAUACCUAAUAUUAUUACAAAGUAUAUUAAUGAAUUAUUUCUUUUUAUUCAACAAUUAUUAAAACGUACAAUUAUAUGUAAUAAUAAUAUUUGUUCAUUAUUAUUUUAUAUUAUUGGUACUCUUUUUAAAUAUCAAAGUUUAGAUAAGGAUGGGGAUUUUAUAUUAAGAAAUGGGAUUCAUAAAUAUAUCAUAUUAGAUAUGAUUAAUAAAUUACAAAAUUUAGAUGAUUCAACUGAAUUGGAUCCUUUUUCUUUAAAUUUAAUUAAUUCAUGUAAUUUAUAUUAUAAUAUGUUUAUAUUAAUAUGUAUUGAAAAUGAAUUCUUAGAUUAUUUAAUACAAAAUAUAAUGAAUGUUGGGAAAUCUAGAAUUAUUACUUUAAGAAUAUUAUCUAGUCUAUUAUAUACUCAUUUAAUUAAUAUUUAUCAAUCAGAUAAUAAUAUAUUAUUGGAAAUUAAUAAAAAUCCUAUAUUUUUAAAAUUAUGUGAAUUUUGUAAAUUAUCAUAUCUAAAUGAAUCUGAUGAUUAUAUUCUUUUAAUUUAUUGUUUAUGUAGUUUAAUUAUUGAAUAUAAUAAUAAUACUAAUACUAAUAAUAUUAUGUGGUUUUAUGAUGAAUUGAAAAGAAAAUGGGACAAUAUUAAUCAUUUAUCAAAAGAUAAUCAAAGUUUUAUUUAUGCAAUCACUUGUAUUUUAUUUAUACAAAAUGAGGAUAUUAGUAGAGAUUUUUGGCUUGAAUAUAUUAAAAAUAAAUCAAUUCAAUCUAUUCAAUCUAAUUAUAAUUUAAUAAUUUUAAGAUUUAUAAUUUAUUCUUUUUAUAAAUCACAAAAUCCCCCAAUUUCUAUUAUAAAAUCUGUAACUAAUGAUAUUGAAGAAAUAAUUUUAUGUGAUAUAUCAGAAUCUAAUAAUAAUGAACAAAUAAAAUAUUGUUUAAUAUUUUUAAAAAUGAUAUGGAAUAUAUUAAAUAUUUAUAAAUGUAAAAAUAUUAUUUUAAAUAUAUCUAUCAAUAUUGAUAAUUGGCUUGAACAUAUCUUUUAUCAUAUAUUUCCUACUUUAAUAAAUAAUAAAUUAAUUGAAAAAUAUCAAUAUGAUAUGAAUAAUUCUUAUAAAUAUAUAAAAUCCAUUAAUUUAAAUGAUAAUUUUGAUUAUAGAAAAUAUAUUUGGAUUAUUGGUAAUCUUAUAUCUUCAUUAAAAUUUAUUAAUUUAUCUACUUCAGACUUAAUUAUUAAAAUUAUAGAUUAUAUUAAUCAUUUUAAAAAUAUAUUAAAUGAUAAUGAAUUAUUCUUUAUAUAUAGAAUUUUUCUAUUUAUAUUAUUAAAUGGUAUUACAGAUAAUAAUUAUUUAUUUAAUUUAUUAGAUAAAAAUAUAGAAAUUGACCAUUCAAUAGUAAAUAUUUUAGAAUAUUGCUACAAUUGGUUAAAUGAUUUAGAAAAUAUAGGUAGUGAAAUAAAAGAUUUUAAAUGUAUAUAUAAAAGUGAAUUGGAACAUUUAAUUAUUAAUCUAAUUCAAUUUUAUUUUAAAUAUAAUAGUAAUGAUAUAAAUAAGAUACAAGUUAUUUUUCAAUAUAAAUGGAAUAGUAAAAUUAUUGGUAUAUCUAUUAGAUUAAUUGAAUUAAAUACAUAUAUUAAUAAACAAAAUAUUAAAGAUGAGGAUGAACAAAAUUUACAAUUUAAAUAUAUACUAGAUUAUACAGAUCAAGUAUGUAAAUUAGCUACAUCAAAUAAUAUAAAUGAAUUAUAUUUAAUCUCAUGUUUACUUUAUAUUAUAGGUGGUAAUUUACCUAUAAUUAUAAAAAAAGAUUUAACAAAAAGUUAUCUUCAAAUUGGAAAUUAUUAUUUAAAUUUUAAUAAUAUAAAUAAUGAAGAUUAUAUAAGAAAAUUUCAAAAUAUAUCUGAUAUCUUUAUUUAUUAUAAAAAUUUAGGAGAUUGUAUAAUUGAAGAUAUUCAAUUAAAUUUCUAUAAUUUUAUGGAUAAAUUAGAUCAUAUAUAUGAUAAUAUAAAUAAUUUAAUUAUACCAACUUCAAAUAAUAAUGAUAAAGAUACAAUAAUGGAUAAAAUUGAUAUUUUGAAUAAUAAAGAAGUUGAUAUUGAUUUAGAAAAUAUAUGGCCUUUAAAUAUCAACCUAACAGAUUUAUGUUCACAAAUAAAUAUAAAUCAAACAAUUAUUAAAUCAUAUUAUAUUAAAAUAUCAGAUAUUAUUAUUUCUAAAAUAAUACAAACAAUAUUAUAUAAUGAUUAUAAAGUAAAUUCAUUAAUAUUAAUACCUAUAAUGGCAAUAUUUAGUAAUGUAUCUAUUUCAUUAAUUUUAAAAUAUAAUAAUGAAAAUAUUUUAAGAUAUAUAUUUAUGUUAUCAUUACUUGAAUGUUCUGGAUUAAAUACAAAUAAUCCAAAUGAAAAUUCUAAGUUAAAAAUAUUAUUAAUAGAUUAUACUUCUAAAAAAUUCGAAAAUGAUUUAGAUAAUAAUUUUGAUAAUGAUGAAAUUAUUAAAUUAUUAGAUUGGCAAGAAAAUAAAAAUUGUUUCUCUGAUAUUAAAUUUGAAGAAUCGUCAGAUUAUUUUAUAUAUAAUUUACAAACAUUAUCUAUAUUAAUUCGUUUUAUUUAUUUUGUACAUAAAAGGAAUAUUUCAUUUAAUUCUAAUAUAAAUCAAGAUUAUUCAAAUAAUUUAGAUUUUAUUUGUAAUGAUCUCUUUAUAUAUGGUUUAUUAGCUUCUCAUAUUAUUAUUUAUCAUCCUUUACCAUUAGUUAGAUUAUUUUCUUAUUUAUUAAUUAAACAAAUAUUCAAAUUUCCAGGUAUAUUCAGAAUUGGAAUUAAAAAUAAAAUUUUAAGUGCUUUAUCUUAUUUAAUAAAUAAUGAAAAAAAUAAGUUUCUUAGAAACUCUGCCUCAAUAUUACAUUGUCAAUUAAUAAUUAUGGAGGAUUCUUUAUAG